AACACAUCAAAUCAAAAUAUACACUAAACUAUGAAUAACACAACUACAAGGACCAUUUUUUUUUGGUCCAUUUCCUUUACCAUUUUACUAUCUUCCAUCAUUUUUCCUCUAUAUUCCAAUAACCAAACAAAUAAUGAUAAUUUUCUAAAUAGGGUCAUAGAAAAAAGUGGUAUACAAGAUUUCUUUUUUGUCUUUGAUGAAAUUACAAGAUCAUUAUUAUUAUUGCAAAGUUCUAAAUGUGAAAAUUCCAAAUGGAACUCAAAACUUAUAUCAUUAUAUGGAGUUUCUCAUGUUUUAACAGUGGAUUUAAAUGGUUGUGGAAAUUUCAGCAGUAUACAAAAGGCUGUGGAUUCUGUUCCUGAUGAUAGUUCUACUAGAACACUUAUUCUAGUUGAUUCAGGCACAUACAAGGAGAAAGUGGUAAUAAACUCUAGCAAGAUAAAUUUAAUAAUACAAGGUCAAGGUUACCAAAAUACUGCUAUAGCAUGGAAUGAUACUGCAAAUUCUACUGGUGGAACUGCUAAUAGUUUUACUGUUGCUAUUUAUGCUCCCAAUUUCAUAGCCUAUAAUAUCAGCUUUCAGAACACAGCUCCAGCAGCUUCACCAGGUGAUGUUGGAGCACAAGCAGUGGCUGUAAGAGUAAGUGGAGAUGAAUCUGCAUUUUAUGGUUGUGGAUUUUAUGGAGCACAAGAUACUCUUAAUGAUGAUAAAGGAAGACAUUAUUUUAAAGAAUGCUUCAUUCAAGGAUCCAUUGAUUUUAUUUUUGGAGGUGCUAGAUCACUCUAUGAGGAUUGCAAGAUAAAUUCAAUAGCAAAAGAAGAAACAAGUGGUGAAAUAGGAGGAUCCAUCACAGCACAAGGAAGAAAUUCCAAAAAUGAAAAUUCUGGAUUUUCAUUUUUGAAUUGUGUUAUAAAUGGCACUGGAAAAAUAUGGCUAGGCAGAGCAUGGGGAUCAUAUGCUACUGUUAUUUUCUCAAAGACUUAUAUGUCUGAUGUGAUUUCCUCAGAUGGAUGGAAUGAUUGGAGAGAUCCAAAUAAAGAUCAGACAGUAUUGUUUGGAGAAUAUGAUUGUUUUGGACCAGGAGCUAAUUACACAGAUAGAGUAUCAUAUGCAAAGCAAUUGAAGCAAAAUGAGGCAAAUCAAUACAUGGAUAUUUCAUUUGUAGAUGGAGAACAAUGGAUUUCUAAUGGAAGAUCAGACACUUAAUUUUUGAGAUUCAUUAUAUUUUAACAUAAGAUACAAACCUUAAUUAGUAUUUUAGAAAAAAACUUACUAAGGAUAUACAUUAUGAUAUACUACUUUGUUGUAUAAUGACAAAUAAAAGCUAUUUUAC